AACAAGGUCAAUGUAACUAAUUUGAAAUCUUACUCUACCAACCCCAGUUCCAGUUAACAGUUUGUCAUAAUCUUAUGCUUGUGUUAGUACUGAUUAUUAUCCGAUGUUUUAUCUGAUACAUAUAACCACAAAUUCUGCUCCUAGCACACAUGGUACAUUUUGGCUAAACGUUUGAAGCGAGCUCACAUAAAUCCACUGCUUUUUAUUAUCUGAUAGUGGAUUUAUUGUUUAUCUUUGUUUUCAGUCAUGUUUGACUGCUCUGUUUUGUUAAUCAUAUUUCACUUACGUUUAUUGUUGUGCACUAAAAGUUCUACGGAAUCGUGGAUGCAUUUUCGUCAAGACCAGAAUGAAGUCAAGCCAGUUAACUUCAAGUCUUUCGAUUUUCUCCUAAAUUCAGUGGAAAUGAGUAAUAUUCUUAAAAAAUACAACAGAGGUUUUCCAAGAGGUGUCUGGGGGACAGUUAUUUUCCCUGAUAUUUAUAAAGGAUCUUCUGACAAUGAUGCAGGAUAUUCAUUCUGGUCGAAAUAUGAUUCGAUCAUAUUCGACCAGAAUUCAAGGUUAAAAGACUCGUUUAAUAAUUUUAGAAAUAAACUAUAUUUAGACUCAUGUAUGGAGGAUAAUUCAAAAACAUGGAGGUGUUGUGAACAUCCUAAUUAUCCAGGCUGUUCAACAUUGCCGUCGAACGCAAAGGCCAUUGAGACAAUGUUAAGAGACCCACAGAUUGAUGUUGGUUUAACAUUUGCCUAUUUGUGGUGUACAAAAGCAUGGGCAAAUUUUCACAAUUUCAAUGAUAUUCAACAGAAGAAUAUUCUCGAGGACAUAGAAAUCGGUUGUCCAAAUCCAUGUUUUGGUAAUCCAUGUAAAAGUACUCGUGGUGUGAAGAAUCAUAUUUGUCAUGUUACUGGUACUUUUGAGAAUGAUUAUGAAUGUAACUGUAAAGAAGAUAUGAUAUGGGAUAGAAGCUUGAAGACUUGUCUCCCAACUAAUCCAUGUGAUAGAAAACGCUUCCCAGUGUGUAUACCUGAAAACAUUCUUCAAUGUAUUGCUUAUAAUAGUUCCGCAUAUGAAUGUAUUUGUAAACCGGAUUAUAUGGGAAUUGACUGUUCACUGCCACGUGAUGCAUGUCAUGAACGAGUCAAUAAAUCUCAGUCGAAUGGAGAUUAUAAUUGUCAAAUUCAUUUAGGAAAUAUUUGUCAACCGAUUCUAGGAACCGAUUAUUAUGAUUGUAUAUGUUUAGGAAAUUAUCAACCAUUACUUCAUACUACUGAACCGAAUUGUUUUGGAAGAGUCAAUCCUUGUCAUACAAUCCAAAUUACUGAUUUCCUAAUGAAUUCACGUUUCCAUGUUGAAAGUAGUAAAACAUUUGCAAUUGUUUCAAAAGAACAUCAAAAUAUCUAUUCGAAUUCUGUGAUUUAUUGGGGUUUAACAUGUCUUAAUGGUGGCCAAUGUGUUGCUUCAGACGAUUUCACACAGGCUGCUUGUGUUUGUCAUAUGGCACUGGAUAAUUCAGUACUGUAUACUGGAUUGAACUGUGAGUAUUCAACCAGGAUUUCGUCAUCUUGGACACCGCCUCCACCAUCUUUUGCAGAAGAUUGCAGUUUAUUCCAUUUUCAAUAUAGAAAACAAUGUUUGAAAAAUAACAUAAUUGAAAAUCAGAUUUCUAAUUCUUUCAAUUCAUCAGUUGAAUCAAAUGACAUGGUUACGGUACAAGGAGUAAUUCAAGGAGCUUCGGAAGAAAUUUCGCCGUAUUCUUCACUAGAACCCUGUUUUAAGCAAAGUUUUCUAGGUUUUACGAUGGAAGAAACUUUCAGUUAUAAAACGCUGCAUCACUUGUUGUAUAUUACAAUCUUUAUCGUAAUAUUGAGUGGUGUAAUAUGGCACGUCUUCCGUCUGUCAAUUGUCUGAUAAUUGAAAUGAAAAUUAUUCCUAAUAGCUUACAAGUUUAAUGGACGAACGUACCUUAUCGUGGUGAUAUCGCAAUGCGUGCCUUAAUGAUGAUAUAAUUAUGAAAACAGCUUUGAAUUCGUUAUUUCACAUCGAUUGAGAUGGUAGAUAUUGAAUCCGGUCUUGUUGGGAAGAUUUAUGUUGAUUCUCAAGUACUGAAUACAUAUUUGUUAACUCUUGCUUUUGCUGCUUCGUAUGCUAUUUUGACAGUUUGAAGUGUUUUGUAAUUUCA